AUGAUCCGGGCCUUCUCGUUCCCGGUGAGCCCCGAGCGGGGCCGGCUGCGGGGCUGGCUGGAGGGCAGCCUGGCCGGGCUCUGCGAGUUGCACUGGCUGCGGGAGCGGCAGGAGUACCGCGUGCAGCAGGCGCUGCGGCUGGCCCAGCCCGGAAUGGGGGGCGCCGAGGCCGAGGACGAGGAGGAUGCCGACGAGGACGAGGAUGCGGCGGCGGCGCGCCGGGCCGCGGCGGCCCUGGAGGAGCAGCUGGAGGCCUUGCCCGGACUCAUCUGGGACCUGGGCCAGCAGCUGGGAGACCUGAGCCUGGAGUCUGGGGGCCUGGGACAGGAAAGUGGGCGCAGCUCAGGCUUCUACGAAGACCCCAGCUCCACGGGAGGUCCCGACUCGCCGCCCUCGACCUUCUGUGGGGACAGCGGCUUCUCCGGAUCUGGCUCCUAUGGACGCCUGGGUCCCUCCGAGCCCCGGGUCAUCUAUGCCAGUGAGAGGCCCAAGUCCCUAGGAGACGCCAGUCCCAGCGCUCCCGAGGCGGCGGGAGCUCGGGCACCGGUGCCGCGGUCCUUCUCGGCCCCCUACCCGACGGCGGCGGGCUCCGGGGGCUCGGAGGCCUGCUCCUCGGCGGAGCGGCGGGCCCGCGCGGGGCCCUUCCUGACGCCCAGCCCGCUGCACGCCGUGGCGCUGCGCAGCCCGCGGCCCUGCGGCCGCCCCGCCGCGGACUCGCCCGACGCCGCGGGCGCGGCGGGGCGGCCCCUGGACGGCUACAUCUCGGCGCUCCUGCGCAGGCGCCGCCGCCGGGGGGCGGGCCAGCCCCGGACGAGCCCCGGGGGCGCGGACGGCGGCCCGCGGCGCCAGAACAGCGUGCGCCAGCGGCCGCCCGACGCGUCCCCGCCCCCCGGAGGCGCGCGGCCCGCGCCCGAGCCCCCCGGGGAGCGCGCGGGGGGCCGCCCCGCGAGCCCCAACCCCGCCGCCGCGGGCCGCGCCUGGGCCUCGCCGUGGGAGCCCGAGGCGGCGCCCGAGCCCGCCGCGCCGCCCGCCGAGCCCGAGCCCCCCGACAGCCCGGCGGAGGGCCGCCUGGUGAAGGCGCAGUACAUCCCGGGCGCGCAGGCGGCCACCCGGGGCCUCCCGGGCCGCGCGGCCCGCCGCAAAGCGCCGCCGCUGACCCGGGGCCGCAGCGUGGAGCAGUCGCCGCCCCGGGAGCGCCCCCGGGCGGCCGGCCGCCGCGGACGCAUGGCGGAGGCCGCGGGCCGCCGGGGCUCGCCGCGGGCGCGCAAGGCCGCGCGCUCGCAGUCGGAGACCAGCCUGCUGGGCCGCGCGGCCGCGGCGCCCCCGGGGCCCCCCAAGUACCCGACGGCGGAGCGCGAGGAGCCGCGGCCCCCGAGGCCCCGCCGGGGCCCCGCGCCCACGCUGGCCGCGCAGGCCGCGGGCUCCUGCCGCCGCUGGCGCUCCACGGCCGAGAUCGACGCGGCGGACGGGCGCCGCGGCCGCCCCCGCGCCCCCGCCGCCCGCGGCCCCGCGCCCGGGCCCUCGCCGUCGGCUCCGCCGCGCCGGCUGCUCUACGGCUGCGCCGGCAGCGACUCCGAGUGCUCGGCGGCCGGGCGGCCGGGGCCGCUGGGACGCCGGGGCCCCGCGGGCGGCGGCGGCUACGGGGAGAGCGAGUCCAGCGCCAGCGACGGGGAGUCCCCCGCCUUCAGCUCCGCGUCCAGCGACUCGGACGGCAGCGGCGGCCUCGUGUGGCCGCAGCAGCUCGUGGCCGCCACCGCGGCGGCCGGGCCCGCGGGCGGGGCGGGCGGAGGGGCGCCCGCGGGCCCCGCCAAGGUCUUCGUCAAGAUCAAGGCCUCGCACGCGCUCAAGAAGAAGAUCCUGCGCUUCCGGUCGGGGUCCCUCAAGGUCAUGACCACAGUAUGA